AUGGGCUGGAUCCUCGUUUCCUUCCUGCCGGUGCUUCCGCAAUACCGCUUCUCUGCCCGCAUCCUUCGCUCCUCCAAACAUUGCCACACUCGCGACCGUGAAGUAACCGUCGGGACGAUCGUCCUCUGUGAAGAGUCUGCAGCGUUCUCACCGCAUGGAACGUACCGAAUGACCGACGAAACGACCCUACCUCCGGCAAUGGAGCUGAAAACUCUGUCCGUCAUCGACUACGCGGUGUUCGCCGGAUCUCUGCUAUUGACUCUCCUCAUCGGAUUAUAUCAAGCAUGGAAGGGGAGGAAGGAUUCGGCAAAGGAACUGGUGGUCGCCUCCAAGGGGCUAUCGCUGGGUCCCAUCACUCUGUCCCUCGUCGCCACCUACAUGUCUGCCGUCCUUCUGCUCGGGACGCCGGCUGAAAUAUAUGCGAAUGGGACUCAAUGGUGGAUUACGAUCAUCGGGUUCAUGAUAGGAAUCCCACUGGCCAGUCUCAUCUUUCUGCCCAUCUUCUAUCGCCUCAAGCCGACCAGCAUUUUCCAAUAUUUCGAGCUGAGGUACAACUCGAAGAUGGUGCGAACUUUUGCCAGUCUCCUGUACGUGUUUCAAAUGACCCUUUACAUGGGUGUAGCCUUGUAUGCCCCCGUGGUUGCCGUCACUGCCAUGACCACCAUCCCCGAAUGGCUCGCCAUCGGGGUCGCCGGGGCCAUCUGUACCCUCUAUACAGCCAUCGGAGGGCUGAGAGCAGUGGUAUGGACGGAUGUCUUCCAAGUUUCCAUCAUGGUGGCUGGCAUGCUCAUCAUCGUUAUUUAUGGAACGGUCCUCGUCGGGGGAAUCCACGAAGUCUGGCGGAUCAAUGCCGAAUAUCAACGAGUGACCUUCUUCAAUUUCUCAGGAGACAUCUUCGAAAGACACACCUUCUGGUGGAUUGUGAGCAACACGGCCAUCGGGUGGAUGUUGGUUCAUGGUGCCAAUCAGGCAUCGGUUCAGCGGUACUGCAGUCUUCCCACGAUAGGACAAGCCCGAUGGGCCUUACUCCUGAACGUCCCCGGGGUCGUGACCUUGGUGUGCCUGGCCUGUGCCGCAGGCGUGGUCAUUUUCGCUAAUUAUGCCGACUGCGAUCCCUUGAAGGCAGGCAUAAUCCAAAAGAAAGACGAAAUCAUCCCCUACUUUGUCACCGAUAAAUUGGGUCAUCUCACAGGCCUACCUGGCGUUUUCCUCGCAUGCCUCUUCAGCGGAGCCCUCAGCACGCUCUCAUCUGGUCUGAAUUCCUUGGCUGCGGUGACAUGGGAGGACGGCGUGAAACAGUUUCAUUGGGGUCGGCAGUUGGACGAAUCCAAAGCGGUUCUCCUCACCAAAUUACUUUCUGCGCUGUAUGGCGUAAUAGCCAUUGGCCUGGCCCUCUUGGCUGGAAAACUGGGUGGGGUCCUUCAAGUGUGCGUCACGGUGACGUCUGUCAUCGCUGCCCCUCUUCUCGUCCUCUUCCUCUCCUCCGGCGUCGUGUCGGGUGCCCUGGUGGCGUUGAUGGUAGCAAGCUGGAUAGGCUUCGGAUCCUUCAUCGUCGGAACGCCCAAGCCCGAACCGUUACCCUCAUCCAUUCGGGAUUGCCCUUCGCAUUUCAACCUCACAGAGGCUGUCCGCGGAACGGAACUGGCCGUUCAGGCCGAGGGGACGACGGAGAGGAGCGUCUAUCACAUUUCCUAUCUGCUCUACAUGCACAUGGGAUUAAUCUCCGGCAUGGUCGUCACCAUCAUCAUGAGCCUUCUCACAGGCUGCAGCAAGGAGGAAGAAAUCCAUGAAGGACUCGUCCUCGAAAGAUGCCGGAAGUUGUUCGCCUGCCGUAGGUUGGCAGGAGAUGCGUCUUAUCAUCUUGAGGUGACGGGAACGAGCAUGUCCAGGAAGGACCCAUCCUGCACAACCAUCUGCUCCGAACUUAUGCCUGAAAACUCCCAAUCGCCUUGA